CAUGAAGAGUACUGUGAACUGUAAUCUUUGCUCUCCUCUACCUUAUCUCAGAUUACAAAAGUCCAGAAAACUCAAAAGAAUCCAAAUUAUCAGAGCUCAAUUGGUAGAAUUGGAAGCAAGGAGAAAGGUGAACAUACCAUUCAAAGAGUGAGGAGGAGAGACAACAGGAGAAAAUUACAUAAAACAGACCGACAGGAUUGUCAAAAUCACCUUCCCAGAUUCUUCGAGGAUUAAGUACUUGGGUGAUAAUGUCUGGCAAGCUCAUCUGAAGCCUGUCACAUUUUUCACGCUAAUGGCCAACCCCUUCUGUGAUGUCAAUAGGAAUUCCCUCCAGUUAUCUUCCAACAGGCUAGUUUUGGAUUUCGUCGGCCUUCCAGGGCUGAAUGAUGAUCUGGAUUUUAAUUUUCCUCUGCAAGGGGAACUUACUGCUAACAGAGAGACAAUUUCAUCUUUGGAAAUUAAGCAAGUUCACAGUUUUAAAGGGUGGGUCACAAUGCAAUUAAACGUGGAUCUUCCGUUCCCCUUUUCAUUGAUGCCAGAAUCUAUUGUUCUUUCUGUUGGAAACAAUAUUUUGGAUCGAAUUUUAGGGGCCAUGGAGGGAGAAUUGGUGUCAACAAUUUUAGGAGAUUAUAAUGUGUGGUGCUGUACAGUCUCUAGUCACAUAACUGGUGGUGUUCAACAGACUUUGGCCCCAUGAG